CUCUAUCCUUCGCAUCCUCUGUGUGAGAGAGGAGAAGCUGAGGGGCUGAAGAAAACUUGGAGGAGGGGAAAGAGAAUCAAUCGACCAUGGCAGGUUCAGCAGCGAUGAUGGUGUCGUCGGAGCUGCCGCCUUCCUUCCUCAAGCUGACGGAAUCCCAGCCGUUCUCCUCCGAGGAGGACGAUCUCUACAGCCGCCUCAAGUCCCUUGAGCGGCAGCUCGAGUUCAUCGACAUCCAGGAAGAGUACGUCAAGGACGAGCAGAAGAACCUCAAGCGCGAGCUCCUCCGCGCUCAGGAAGAGGUCAAACGGAUCCAGUCCGUUCCCCUCGUCAUCGGCCAGUUCAUGGAGAUGGUCGACCAGAACAACGGCAUCGUCGGUUCUACCACCGGCUCCAAUUACUACGUCCGUAUCCUAAGCACGAUCAAUCGCGAGCUUCUGAAGCCCUCGGCCUCGGUGGCGCUGCACCGCCACUCCAACGCUCUGGUCGACGUUUUGCCCCCCGAAGCUGAUUCCAGCAUCUCACUCCUGAGUCAGUCUGAGAAGCCUGAUGUCACCUAUAAUGAUAUUGGAGGCUGCGACAUUCAGAAGCAGGAGAUCCGUGAAGCUGUGGAAUUGCCACUCACUCACCAUGAAUUAUACAAGCAAAUAGGGAUUGAUCCACCACGUGGUGUCCUGCUCUAUGGUCCUCCAGGAACAGGUAAGACGAUGCUAGCCAAAGCUGUUGCUAAUCAUACAACCGCGGCCUUCAUCAGAGUUGUUGGUUCAGAGUUUGUCCAGAAGUAUUUAGGGGAGGGUCCAAGAAUGGUUAGGGAUGUUUUCCGCCUAGCCAAAGAAAAUGCACCUGCAAUAAUUUUUAUCGAUGAGGUAGAUGCAAUUGCUACAGCAAGAUUUGAUGCCCAGACUGGAGCAGAUAGAGAAGUUCAGCGUAUCCUGAUGGAACUCCUGAACCAGAUGGACGGUUUUGACCAGACAGUUAAUGUUAAGGUCAUCAUGGCAACCAAUCGAGCAGAUACGUUGGAUCCGGCCCUUCUCCGUCCAGGAAGACUUGAUCGAAAAAUUGAAUUUCCACUGCCUGAUAGGAGACAAAAGAGGCUUGUUUUCCAAGUUUGCACUGCUAAGAUGAACCUCGGUGAUGAGGUCGACUUGGAGGACUACGUCUCUCGGCCUGAUAAGAUUAGUGCUGCUGAGAUUGCUGCUAUAUGUCAAGAAGCGGGUAUGCAUGCUGUUCGCAAGAAUCGGUAUGUCAUAUUACCAAAGGACUUUGAGAAGGGAUACCGUGCUAAUGUGAAGAAGCCUGAUACUGAUUUUGAAUUCUACAAGUGAUAGAAUGAAAGUUGGAGGAUGUUCGAACUCUCUAUGCUUUUUGUUAAGAAGCCCGGGCCAGACUACAUUUCUAGCUUAUAAGCCCGGAACUCUGUAUUUGGUUAUAUCUUUAUUUUUCUGAGGAUGCUGUUCUGAUUAGAGGAAAAUGUAAUCGUUAGCAUGAGAUGCGAAUGUGAAUUCUCUGAAACAUAUCCUUACCUCUUGCAAGUUCUGUUGCUUUCGAA